AAAAUGCCUGAAAUCUGUGCCUUAGAUGAAGACAAUUGUCUUUCGUUGGACGCGAUUUUGCGGGCCUUUCACUGCGGGACCAAAGAGGAGCAGACGUGGGCUCUCAUCCAUCAGUCCAUCGCAGCGCUUAAGGAAGAGCUGAUCCAAACCAACGACAACUACUCAUUCCUUAAGCCAAACACACUAUACAUCAAAAACAAUGGCAAAGUUGACGUCAAGUCGUGGCGCGACAUAUCAACAGAAAAACCACAGCCCGUAUGUCGAGAGCGUAUGAUUGACAGCACAGACAUCAGUGAACACUAUCGGCAGGUCUGCAGAGCACUGGUCGCCGAAGCCAUCGAAAUGUCGACAUUUUUGAAUCAGAUUACGAUUGGAACCCAAGAACUGAAGAAAAGUCAUCGCAUCGACAAUGAAGAGGUGGAGAACAUUCACGUGGAAGUGUGGGCUCACCUCUGGAUGAAAGUGAUGAGACAGUUAAGGGUCGACUUUAUCAGAUCGCGACCACCGCUUAAACCAGUGGCUGAACGCCAGUUGAAUCCAUUGCCUCCGACAGAGCCCACACUUCACCAGAAACUGAUGGACGGAAUCAAAUCGACGCCUCCAUUGAGGCCAUCUCCGCGACCCUUUGAACGCAAGUUUGAUUCAUUACAUCUGCCGCGAGGCAAGAGGUAUACGGCGUUCAACGACACGAACCACUCAACUGAAGACACGCCGACAGCGAAUGUGUUUAAGAGGUUGAGUCUGUGUUCGGAUGAGUCCAAUGAUGAGUCCAUAGAGACAAUGGGAACCAAUACUCCAUAUUUGGCCAUUUCUAUGCAAUUGGAGACAUCGGCCCGAGAAAUACACGACCGGUUCGAGGAAUUGGACGAAAACUAUCAGAAUGUGUCCGAAGCUGAUCUCCAAGAGUCCACUUCAGUGGCCCUUCACUUAUGUAAGCGAAAGGUGUUGAAGCCGUACUUCCGACUGUUGGCACUAUUGGGUUGGCGACCACUCAUAUACCCGAUCGCACCGCAGGUCACGUGUACUGCAAAGAUAUUUAACGCCAUUUACUUAUCGCUAGUCAUCCUAUUUCUUGUGGUCGGAUAUGUCAUGCAAUACGCCUCCUGUUUCAGACAAGACGGUUAUCCGCCAUAUCGUAACCAAACCACCGAUCAAUUGAUUACCAAAAGCGACAAAUGGUUGGCGCCGUCCUCUCCGAUGCCUCACUUCUUCACCAAUACCUAUGAGAAUCGAUCCGCGAAUCGCUUGAAACUGUCGGCCACUAGUUAUACCUAUUCGGACAGAAAUUCGGGAAAUGCGGUGAAAUGUUCGGGAAAUUUCAUCAGCCUUUACCUGAUCCCGGAUUUGUUGCACUUCUUCGCCUACAUAUUUGUCUUCUAUUUGAUGCGAACGCCUGAGUGUGAGAUCCUUCAGAACCUUCUGGAGCGGGCGUUCCUUCAGUCCACGCGUAUUAACGGCUGGUUUAUAGCGCAGAAGAAAUUGGUCCAUAAUUUGCGUACAUUCCUCUGGAUGUCCGUCACGUGGGUUGCGGUGUCACUGAUUGGUCACACGAUUCAUAUAACACUGUUUCAAGAGAUGUGCUUCACAUGGAUGGACACCGACAACCAGACGCUCAUUAGAAUCAUGACUGCGUUCACAAUAUUAUCUCUCACUUGGAAUGACAUCAUAUGCGCGGCGAUUGUCACCAGUUAUUCAGUCCACUGUCAGCUCAACAUAUCAUACAUUUGUAAUCUGGUUUCAGCCGUCAGAGAGAAGCGCAUUGACUUUCAGGAGUUCAGCAAAAGGUCGGGUGAGUCGCGAAAGUUUGUGGAGUAUCUCAACUCAGAGCAGGCGUUGGGAGUGUCGCUACUGAUCAUCAAUUUCGGCUGUCGAGCAGUUGUCGCUGUUUUUGGACUUUUAUCUCAACAAAUAGUAGUCACAAACGAUGUCAAAAUAGCGGCAAUGGUUUUAAUCUCAUCACUAUUAUGGCUGUCCUUACUAUCGGUUCCCAUCGUUCAAGCCGUCCGACUAACCAAUUGCUGUCAAGGCUUGAGACGUAUCGGACAUGAGCUGCGAUCGCGUCCUUUCGGCUAUCAGGACACACCUCAAGAAGAUCUCGACUCACUUCUCCUCUUUACCAGUAAUAUCCGAAUGGAGGCAAAGAUGAUCAACAUUCCCAUCCGUGCCUCAGGAGUUGUGUCCAUUUUAGUGAUCAUUUUAUUCUGUAUACUAUUUUUGGGACAAAUUAAUUUUGUCAAGUUUUAGACAUUUAUUAACAUUUACUAACAUUUA